GUGCGUGUUUAACGCCUGAAUUUGGGACUUUUCAAACCCGUUUUAUUUUUUAUUUUUUUGUUUUUCUUCACUUCAACUAUGGAUGUUUUGGCGAAUUACAGUAUUUUCCAGGAACUCCAGCUCGUGCACGACACUGGUUAUUUCUCCGCGAUGCCUUCCCUGGAGGAGAACUGGCAGCAGACAUGUCUAGAGUUGGAGAGGUACCUGCAGACAGAGCCCAAACGACUCUCGGAGCUCUUCGACGAGGAGCUGGACUGCCUCCUAACGCCGGCCUUUAUGCAAGGCAGUGACAGCGAUGAAGACCUGAUGGACCCACUGCUCCCCAGCCUCCCAGACCAACCCAGCCCACCUCCUCUACUUGUAGCCAUCCCAAAGGUCCAGGCCAAAAUCCUCCAGGUCUCCAAUCCAAGCAGGAGUCAAGCAGUAGCCGGGACGGAUAUUGUUACAACAAAGGACCAGGUCCUCGGAGGAGUCAGUGCUGCACAGCUCAGUGCCGCCGUCACAUCCCUAACACCGCCAUCGUCUCCAGAGCUCGGCCGGCACCUUGUCAAACCCACACAAACGCUCACAGCAACGGCAGACGGUAUGUUAACGCUCAAGUUGGUGGCAAAGAAAGUUGGAUUAGGAGCAGCUAAAGUGGUGGCAGCACGAGCGCUACCUUCUCCGCCAAGCCGAGGAGGAGCCUUGAGCGACAGCGAGCAGGGAGGCGGGGGAAGUCUGGGAGGAGAUGUUCCUGAGAACAAGAAGAGAGUCCACCGGUGCCAGUUUAAUGGCUGCAGGAAGGUUUACACCAAGAGCUCCCAUCUGAAGGCACAUCAGAGGACCCACACAGGUAUAUCUUAA